UGUCUGGACGGUAUAUUUUAUGAAUUUUCAGAAAGAAACAGAUGAAGUAGAAAGACUGAGAAAAAAGCUGGAAGAAAUACAAAAGCAAAACGAAGAGCUAGAGAAAAAGCUUGUACAGAAAGAAAAACAUCAAAAUGAUAUAGGCUCAAGAUAUCUUCAAGCAAAGAAAUUGAAAACAGACUUGCAUGAUUCACAAAAAACAAUCGACAGUCUAAAACAAAAGGUACAAAUGGCAGAAAAUGAAACUAGAAGUAUAAAAGCUGAACUUACGAAACGAGAUAGACAUGAUGCUAGUUUAAAGAACGAAUUAGAAUCGUAUGGUAAUUUGGAACGUCAGUUUGACAAGAUAAAGGAAGAACUGAAGAACACAAAAGCUGAACUAGAGGAAACAAAGUCACGACUGAGUAAAUCAAUGGGUGACAAACUUACUGACAACAACCCAAACAUCGCUGAUCUUAGUGAUAAAAACAGACCUACAAAACUUGCCGAACGUUAUCAAGAAAUCUACGACAACGAAUGGACAGAUGCCUUUGAAACUCUUGAUGAAAUCUACCAGAAUGAAGAAAAAACAACAUCCAUAUUAAUCCACAUUUUGAUGGGAACGAGAGACUUUUGUGAAAGAGAAGCGGAGUAUCAGAUGGAUCAAAUACAAAAAGCAAUCAUUCAAAAUACAUCAUCGCCUGGUAGAAGAGUGCCGACCAAUGUGCAGAAGCAGUUAAAGGAAUGCAGGAAAAUUACUGCAGAGACUUCCGGCAAAUACUUAUAUCAAAAAUACAAUAAGGAACUGCUGAAUUCAAAAUCCUCUACUGCAAGACGAGCAGGACGGGUACCCGACUUUGUGGCAGCUUGUUUCAAUAUGUGCUGGUUAAUGGCUGUACAAGAUCCACCAAUUGUCUUUAGCCAAAAUGUUGACCAUGGUGACACCUUUAAUACUGAUAUGUAUAAAGCCUACACCAGAACCGGAAACAAAGUGGAUUUUGUUGUGUGGCCAGCACUUAAUCUUCAUACAAACGGACCAGUUUUGUGCAAAGGGGUAGCACAAGGAUACACGGAAGUAACAAGGCGGUCAAGAUCAGUGCCUGCUAAAAGCAGAAAGAAAAAUGAGAGUUAUGAAACGACUCCAGAAAAUGAUACGGAUACGAAAAGAGAUAUGAAACUGAAAACUAAUACUGUUGUAAUUGGUGGUCGAUCGAUUCGUACGUCCGAUGAAGGUCUAGAGAAUGAUAAAUCAACUACCAGACGAGCAGAUAAAAUUCACAGAAAUACUCCCGUUGCCAGGCAAUCACGUGCAACAUUUAAACCAAAAAAUCUUAGCUAUUAUGACAAUAACCCUCCUUCAAAUCCCAAACCAUCAGAAAAUGACGUUGAUACGUUUUGGAGAUGGAGAGAAAUGUUUGGUCCAGAAGAAGCCAGACGACUUUUAGGACAAGAUUAUGACAUAUGUCUAAAGUACCUGAAAGGACUUGGUGUUAUAUGAAACAAUUUACACCUAAAGUGAAAUAAGGAUGACCAUUGUGUUCAAUUGUAAUCAGUACGUUUACACAUUAUGAAAAAAUAAAAUAUGUAAUAAUGCUAA